CCCGCCUCCUGAGUUCCAUCUUAGCCCCUUCCAGAAGAUUCCGCUGUGCGCGCUUUUGAGUUUUUGUGUAAAAUGGAGGGGUAUCGCGGCUCUGGGUAGAGUACAGGGCGAGAGUAGGGGUUGCACACCUCUUGGAAUGGCGCCCCUGUCUCCAAGCCCUGGCCUGCAAAUUUCAGCCCAGUAUCCAGGGCCGCUCCAGAACCAACCUUGGGCACGGAUGGAAAACCGAAAUUAGGGAAAGGUCGUCUGCCCCGUGGAACAAAAACAGGAUCCCUGCUGCCUUGGUGAUCCCGGGCUGACAGCCAGAGAGCACAGCGGCUCAGCUCCUGGAGAGUGAGGGUUGAAGAAAGCAGAGGGCAGCCGCCUGCGCCCGCUGGCUCCCACCCAUUAGGUCGGUUCCUGCAGCGGUGCCCGGCAGCCUUGGUGAAGGCCCUGCCCAGCAGAGAUCAUGUAUUGCCUCCAGUGGCUGCUGCCCGUCCUCCUCAUCCCCAAGCCCCUCAACCCCGCUCUGUGGUUCAGCCACUCUAUGUUCAUGGGCUUCUACCUGCUCAGCUUCCUCCUGGAGCGGAAACCUUGCACAAUUUGUGCCUUGGUUUUCCUGGCAGCCCUGUUCCUCAUCUGCUAUAGCUGCUGGGGAAACUGUUUCCUGUACCACUGCUCCGAUUCCCCGCUUCCAGAAUCGGCGCACGACCCUGCUGUUGUGGGCACCUAAUGGCCCACCUUGUUAGCUUUCCAAGGAAGCAGAAGACGGGAGGGGAGGCAUUGACGUAGGUCAUAAAGCAUUGGAGUUUCAAAUCCCGCAGCCCUGCGGGUGCCACAUUCCUAACAGCGCCUUUUUGGCCUGUGAUGUUUUAUCCUUAUAAUGUGAAUAAUGGCACUGACCGGUGCUUUUAUUGUAGAGUCCUAUAGUUGUGGGUGGUCUUGUGGUUGUGUGUGUUCUGUCCCCAUCUUGAUCCCAGCUGGCAGGAUGGCUACCCCCCUCGCCUUAUUACUGCGAGGAGUCUGUACUUGUCCUGGUCAGCCACCCUGGCAUGAGCUGGGCAGAUAAAAUGCCAGUUUCAUUGUUACCUUUGUGACCCCUCCUUGUCAGGGUCUCCUUCCUUCCCAGAAUGUUACUGACUCCUCAGUCCCUCUCCUAGUUUCCCUUUAAUUCUCUUCUACCCCUUUCCUUUUUUGGGGGGGAAGCACCUGUCCAAGACAGGGCUUGUUUUUGCACUUAUCUCGAAUUUGAAGAGAUUGCUGACGCCCAAGAGCCUCGCUUUUUCAUCCUUCUUUCCCUGUUCAGCAAGCUAGACGGAAACAUAUCUUGAUUGUUUGUUGUCCACAAAUCUCCAGUAUUUCUCCACUUCAUUUUUAAGAAAGAAGCAACAGAUAGACGUUGCUCUUUCUCCUGAGCGUCCAGGCUCAUGCUUUCCAACCCAGCCUCACUUCCUUUGCCCUCCUACUGCCUUUCUCAACUGUCCUGAGGCAGGGACCUUGUUGUGUCUCCCGUGCAUGCUCUGCAGGAUUGAGGUAUGGUGUGUUUAUGUAGAUCUAGCAGUCCCCAGCUGAGUGAAUGGGAAUGUACUUGUGUAUUUCAUAAUAGCCAUGAUCCCCUUGAUAGGUGUUUGGAUAUUUUUUGCUGUGCCCUGUAUGUGUGCGUACAAAUACAUGUGUAUAUUCCUUUUAAAGAAGCUUUAUCGAACAUGUUCUGAUUUUGAGGUUUAGCAAUAGAUAGCUAUUGUAGGUGCCGCUACAGUUUUAUUUAGCAUGGGGAUUGCAGAGUGACCAGCACACUGGACUCCAAGGUGGUUCAGACAAGACAGAGGGAGCAGUGGCCAUCGUCCUCCCGCCAGGAGCUUCUUCGUUCCUGCAUAUAUAGACUGUAUAUUUCUGAAGAAUACACAGGAAGACUUUGUGACUGUCACUUGUGUUUUUUUUCUUUUUCUGUGCUUCAAUAACAAGUGUUGGCAAACAAGACUUUCUCCUGGCCCCUGUUCACUGGGGAUCUGCAUGGUUGUUCUUCCCAUCUGAACCAUCCAUCUCUCUCUUGUCUGAGGGGGAGGGAGGUGGGCCAGGCAGAGAACAGAAGGCAGUCCAUCUAGGGAAUGGGACUGUGAGGCCACACUUGUGAAACGUUUGGAGUGCUAUUGUAGAGCUUUUAUUUCUGGUGUGUUCCUUGCCCAGCUGUGUGAAAUGUUUAAUAAAGCUUUAUAAACUUUC